CGCCGGUGCCGUGAGUGGCCUUAUUGAGCCCAUUCUCUAAAUAGGAGGUGGACGGUCGCGGCAGCCUUCUGGCUCGGAAAUUUCUUUUUUUAAUUUUCGGGAUUUUAACAUCACAGAAAAAUUCCGGGAUGCCUUCAAAUGUCCAAGGUGGUAAAGCCUUUGGGCUGUUAAAGGAGCAGCAAAGACAAAAAUUGGAAGAAAUAAACAAGGAAUACCUGGAAGACCAGAAAUACAGUGAUGAAGAAGACCUGGCUGAAAAGUUGGAAGGUUUCAAAAAUAAAUAUGCUGAGUUUGACCUGAAUGACCAAGGAGAAAUUGAUCUGAUGGGUCUCAAGCGGAUGAUGGAGAAGCUGGGGGUGCCCAAGACCCAUUUGGAGUUAAAAAAAAUGAUUGUGGAGGUGACCGGUGGCAGCAGCAGCAACACCAUCAACUACAGGGACUUUGUCAAGAUGAUGCUCGGCAAACGCUCAGCUGUGCUCAAAUUAGUUUUAAUUUUUGAAGACAAAGCCAGUGGCUCUCCCUGCAAGCCAGCAGGACCCCCUCCAAAGCGGGACAUCGCUAGCCUGCCUUAAGUGUCAGCCUCCGUGCUGCUAGAGGAGCAGAGGGACCAUCAAUAGUUAUGUGGAAUAACGUGGAGUGUCGUAUUCAUGUGGGACCAGUGAUCGAGAACGUCAUUUUGUGAAUAUAUGUGUGCAAGGUUUCUGUUGUUUGAAAGACUGAGCCCAAAACUCACUAAAAUUGUUUGACUGUGAAUAUUUUUUAUUCCUCUUUUGUCUCCUUUAAUUAAAAUGUAGCGGUGAUAAUGGUAACAUGUAAUUUGCUUGAUGAGUUAAAAAUUUGUAGUGUGUAUUUCAUGGUUGUAUUUUGAGGGAAUACUCAAAAUUCUCCACAGGUCUCUUUUGCUUCCAUGUUUUCUUUUUUUUUUUUUUUUUUUUUUUGGACACAUUAAUUUGAAUGAUUUGGAGCAGUAUGCUUUUGGAGAAGCACAAGGAAAAUGAGUGGUUUUUCCAGCACAUUUUGCACUCUUCUCAGUAGUCCUUUCAUGCAUUCCUGCCAGGCUUAUCUUGGUCAACAUCUUCGCUUUAGAUCAGGUGCCAGAGAUUUUAGGACCAGCCCACUUCCUGAGUCUACAACCCUUUUGAGCUGAAGUGCUGAUCUGGAAUGAGUAACCAAGUUAUCAUUCCCACCUCAUGGUAUGAUAAACAGCAGUGUACGUGUGUGCUUGAUUUGUGAAUAUGCAGUCACACUAUGGCUUGAAGAGCAGCUAAUAUGACUCAAUUUGAAUCUGUUAGGCUAAGCACCUGGUCAUUUUGGAUGAAAUUAGAUUUACAGGCACACAAGCAGAACAAAUGUACAUAAUUUAUUACAUAGUACAAUCAUAUUCUUUCCAAGUGCCUCAACAUGCAUGUACUGUAGAGCUUACAUAGGUUGAAGAAGAGGGGCGUGUGCACAGUUGUUCAGUUCGAGCAGUCCUUUUAGCAUAUAAAGAAAACCAUGAAAUACUGUCAUUUAGUCUUUGAGAGUUUUAAUAAUGUCUGUUUAUGGGUUUUUGUUACUGGUUUCCACAAUAUUCUGAGAGAGUGAAGUUCACAUGUAGUGGAUUUUUUUGUUUUGUUUUUUUGUUUUUCCCUUUUCUGACCAUUAUUUUGUAUGCCACUGAAAAAAUGUAACCUGGUAUUGGGUGAUUUUGUCUUUAUCUGUCUUCCUUGUAUUGUUCCAUAAGCCAGCCACUUAUCUUUAACAUGGUUUCUUGUCCUACAAAUUAAGUAAUUUAUUCCUCUGUGUUUGUCUCUCCAGUAUCAAUGUUCUUUUAGCAAACAGUAUAUACUGUGAAAUUGGUAUUAUGACGCAUAACUUGUUUUACACCUUAUACUUUGUCUUUCAUCUGGUAGUUAUUUUACAUAUUUAGUGCUGUUAAGAUACACAUUGUUUUGCAGACACCAAAGCAAUUAAAAGUCUUCUUACACUGGC